CACGCACACACAUUCUGAGAGCCCAAGAGAGACAAGCGCACUGCUCAGCUCACACACGGACCCAUACACAGCUGCUGUGUGUGAGUUCUUGAGCAGGUUUGUGGCGCGCACACAGUCGGACACACACACCUGUCUCACACUCACAAACACACCCACACCCACACACACCCACACACACACACACACACACACACACAGAUACAUACAUACACACUGUGAGGAUGGACGUGAACUUGACACUCACGGGGCUGCACGCUCAUCGCUCCCUCUUUGGGAACGGCUCCUCGUGGGGUAACGGCACCGCGGGUCUAGAGGAGGAGGAAGACCUGGAGGUAAACACGGAUGUGUACUCGCGCGUGGUGGUAACGGUGAUCUACGUGUUUCUGUUUGCGGUGGGUACCGUAGGUAACUCCAUCACGCUGUUCACGCUGUUGAGCCGAAAGAGCUUGCAGAACCUGCAAAGCACGGUGCACUAUCACCUGGCCAGCCUGGCGGUGUCUGACCUGUUGAUCCUGGUCCUGUCUAUGCCCAUCGAGCUUUACAACUUCAUCUGGUUCCAUCACCCCUGGGUGUUCGGUGACGCGGUGUGCCGCGGGUACUACUUUUUGCGGGAUAGCUGCUCGUACGCCACCGCACUGAACAUCGCGAGCUUGAGCGUGGAGCGCUACAUGGCGAUCUGCCACCCCUUCAAAGCCAAAAGUAUCAUGUCGCGCAGCCGCACAAAGAAGCUCAUCACCGCCAUGUGGCUCGCGUCCUUUGCGCUGGCCACGCCAAUGCUCUUCAUUAUGGGACAGGUGAUGCGCAGAGAUGAGAACAUCUGCACCGCCAUCGUGAACCCGGGGACCGUGAAGGCCGUGCUGCAGGUAAAUGCCUUCCUGUCCUUUGUGAUACCCAUGGUGGCCAUUUCUGUCCUGAACGGAGUGAUAGCCAACCAGCUGCUGUGGAUGUUUCGAGAGGCAGAGCAAGAAAACCGUGUCUGCAUCAUUGCAGGAAAUCCCACUGUCCUCAACGUCACUGUGGAGCCGAACCGAGCGCAGUCGCUCCGCCACGGAGUGCUCGUCCUGCGCGCCGUGGUCAUUGCCUUCGUGGUCUGCUGGCUGCCAUAUCACGCUCGCCGGCUCAUGUUCUGCUACAUCUCUGAUUGGUCAGAUGACCUGUACGACUUUUAUCACUACUUCUACAUGGUGACUAACGUCCUGUUCUACGUCAGCUCGGCCAUCAAUCCCAUCCUCUAUAACCUGGUUUCAGCAAACUACAGACAGAUCUUCUUCUCCACCCUCAGCUACGUCUGCCUGCCCUGCCACAGCUCACCGAGAGGCCAGGCCCACCCACUGACACGCCACUCUAUUAGCAUCUCUAGCAACCACACACUGUCCACCAACAUCAUCAAGGAGACGGCGUACUGAUGGAGACAAAAGCACACCUGCAGUUAGUCCAGGUGGGCUCACCUGAGACACACUGAGACUUUACAUGUAUUUUAUUGAUCGUGAUGUUUUGUGAUAUGUCAUCAGUUGAAUAUGAGUUAAAAUUAGAAACAAAAAAAAACCAUGUAAUGUGUGAAUGUUUACGCAGAAUGUUUCAACUGCUUUUAUUGGAAGUCUGUUUGGUGCUGUUUAAUGACUGUUUCUCCGUUUUUCAGUCUUAAUGUUUAGAAACACCAAAAUAUGUUCUUCAUAGAUGGAAACAAACCUCCAUCUUUGAAGUUCUGGCGUUAUUAUUGUCAUCGUGACACCUCUGGACACAUCUGGUCCCAUGUCAUCUUCAUAGAAAUGAUCUGUUACAUAAUCUCCUCUCAGUCACUGUGAUAUGUUUACCCUCAGACUAACAAAACAGCUGAUGCUACUCAAAAAUCUGUUCUGUCUGGAGUUUAGAUUGAGAGGUAUUCUGGUCUCUGUAAAUACUUCAGGUAUUAUUGACCAAUUACGUGUCGGCAGGAUUUGGUGUCUGCAGGAAAAACAGACUGUAUGGAGAGAAAAAGCAGGAGGAACACAUUUCAGUGUAAUGACAUGCUGGCUAACAAUCUGUUCUAGAUCAAACAUUUACACUAAGACACAAAUCUGCUUGAUGCUGUGUCACUAAAGAAAAUCAGCGUUUAGAUUUCCAGACUUCCUGGAAUGCAUCAGAAAUGAUGGAUCCCACUACCAUUUAACAAACAAACAUUGUAAAAGUAGUUUUCUUCUCCUUUUGAGGACAGACCUGACAAAGCUUGACUUUGGACUUUUGACAAAUCUGCAUCACGAUGUUGUUAUUUCAGCAAACUUAAGACCCGUUAACUACAAGAAAAUCCCAAGAACAUCAGUUUCUGUUUCAGGUUCAUACAGCUGAAGGAAGCCAGAGUGAAGCCUCUGUGGAGCUUACUGUUUACAAUGAAACUGAGACUCAACACAAACAGAUUAACGGGCGCUCCUCUGGGGGAUGAACUAAGAAUUGACGGAGUUCAUUUUGCAGACAGAUCUGGAAGGGGAUUUCUCUUCUCUUUGAUCUGAACACAUGGACACUUCUUGGUGCUAAAUGGACUGUAAACAAUACAGCGAACGGAAAUGGACGUCUGGCUUCAGGUUGUUUUUCGCUAACCCCUGAAUACAUCAAAAAUACUGAAAGAAGGACCGUCACUCCCAGGGGACAGUUUGUCAGGUGAGCAGAGCUCAUGUUUGAUUGGUCCUCCUCACAGCACGUGUUGGUUGGUUGCUAUUACCUUCAUUAGCUUCUCGUGGUUUCAGUUUUUAGUGUUUCUCUUUGGCACAAUGUGUUGGUCUUGUUUUCAUGAUUCCAGCAGUUUUGAACAAUUGUGAUAAUUUAAGUAAACUCACUGAAAGUAUUGAUCUAAAGCUGUUACUGUGUAAACCCUGAGAGUAUAAAGUACCAGAAUGAAAAUUACCAGCAGGAUUUAAAGUCAAAAUCAGUGUUUCUGUAUGAACUAAUUUAACAAAGUUACGUGUUGUUUGACAGUACUUUGAAACAGGUGUGUAUUGGUGUGAAGAUAGUUUUCUAUAUAUGUGUGUUUAAUGUUUUUUCUGACCUGUACAUUUUGAUGUUUGUAACUAGUGAAUGUUAAAUUUCUGUCAAAUAUAAGCAUGUUUAUAUUGAUUUGGCAUCACGUCAGCAUUGUUUCAUUGUUCAGAAACAAACUUUCUAUUUUUGUAUUUAAGUAUAUGUUUUAUUCUGAAAAGGUGCUGAAUGUAAUAUGGUCAAUAAUCUGUUGGAGAAGUUCAUCCUGAGGGGAGCAUCAAUAAAAUACGUUCAUCAAUCAA